AUGUCCAAGCUGAUAGUCGUCACUGGCGCGACUGGCAUGCAGGGCUCAGGAGUCAUUGAUGCCCUUGCCGCAAACCCCGACUGGAAAAUCCGAGGUCUUACACGCAAUACCAACAGCGAAAAGGCCAAGGCCCUGAUUAAACGUGGCAUCGAGAUGGUCACCGCCGACUUGGAUGACGAAGAUAGUCUCGUUAAGGCCUUCAUUGGUGCCAACGCCAUCUUCGCAGUCACCGAUUUCUACGAGCCAUUCGCGACAGGGAUCGGCCCAGAGAAGGCGAUGCAUAUCGAGUACGACCGAGGCGUGAAUUUGGCCCGUGCUGCUGCUAAAACAACCACUCUCGAAUACUACUUCUGGAGCACCCUGCCCGAUGCGAGCGGCCUAACUAACGGCGAGGCCAAGGUCCCGCAUUUCGAUGCCAAGGGGGCUAUCGAUGCCUAUAUCAAGAAUGAUCCGGUCUUGAACUCUAAGACAAUCUUUCUUUUGACGGGAUUUUAUGCGUCUAAUUUUAACUAUCCGCCUUUUACCCCUAUUUACUCGAAACCAACCGGUCAAUACAUCCUUGCCCUCCCAGCCAACUCCUCGUCUUAUCUCCCCUCACUGGGCUCGGUGGAUAACAUCGGUAUCACCGUCAGUGGUCUGCUCCAACACCCAUAUCCCAAGGAAGCAAGUGAUACCAAGGGAGGUCGAUAUGUCCACGUCACAACGGGCAAGUACCAGAUCCAGGACUAUUUCUCGAAAUGGGCGGAAAUUGCGGGAAAGGGGAAGCUUCAGGUUCUAUCAGUUCCAUUCAAGCAAUUUGAAGCGCUUCACGGUAUGUGGGGGACUGAAUUGGGUCUUAUGGUGAAGUUCUGGGAAGUUGCUGGACCGCCCAAGAUGUGGGGAACAGUCGGGGAGGGGGAUGUUAUGAUUGAUUCUCGUGAACUUGAGGGCGUUAAGAAUCGUUUGGUCAGUGCUGAGGACACCUGGAGACAGGCCGACUGGAGCCGGUUUUGA